AUGACAGGAGCAGGCCUUCGGCGCGGGCUCCUGGGAGAGCUGUACACAGAACCAAACUGGCCAUCAGGAAACGCUGCCGAGCUCGGCAAGUCGAGAAAGGCAGGCAAGAAGAAAGGCCGCUGCAUACAAUUGGUUUUCGAGCUCUCCAAUGCACAUGGUCCCGUUGUCGAGGGAUCGGCGUCGUGGUGGCCGGCCGGCCGGCCAACGGAAAUGUUCCGGACAUGGCACGAUGCUUACUGGAUAGGCGAUACUAAACACGUGGGCACUGUUGGUCAAGCAAAGCCCCAGAAUAACCCGGCUUGGCUUAUUGGGGCCGAUUCGGUCCUCGCCGAAACAUUUUCCGCCCCCGGAGGGCUCGAGGAUGGCCUCUUGAGCGGUAGUCACUACGGGACCGGUUGGUCGGUUGUCACUACGGGCUGGGCGGUCGUCAGGGGUUAA